GGGGGGAAAGAUGGCGGAGCUGAUGCUCCUCAGCGAGAUUGCGGACCCGACGCGCUUUUUCACCGACAAUUUGCUGAGCCCGGAGGACUGGGACAGCACCUUAUACGCCGGCCUGGAUGAAGCGGCCGAGGAGCAGACGCAGCUCUUCCUUUGCCCGGAGCAGGAUGUCCCGUUUGGCAGCAGUUCCCUGGACUUGGGGAUGGAUGUCAGCCCUCCUGAACCCCCCUGGGACUCUCUGCCUAUCUUCCCAGAUCUUCAGGUGAAGUCUGAGCCAUCCUCCCCCUGCUCUUCCUCCUCCCUCAGCUCUGAAUCGUCGCGCCUUUCUACAGAGCCCUCCAGCCAGGCCUCUGGCGUAGGGGAGGUGCUGGUCGUGAAGUCAGAGUCCUUGACACCCUCACUCUGCCUCCUGGGAGAUGAUCCAACAUCCCCAUUUGAAACCGUCCAGAUCAAUGUGGGCCCCACCUCUGAUGAUCCCUCAGAUGUCCAGAUUAAGAUAGAACCUGUCUCUCCGUCUUCCUCCAUCAACUCGGAGGCUUCCCUGCUCUCUGCAGAGUCCCCCAGCCAGGCUUUUAUAGGAGAGGAGGUACUGGAAGUGAAGACAGAGUCCCCACCCCCUCAAGGGUGUCUCUUGCGGGAUGUCUCAGGCCCCCCACUUGGAGCUGUGCAGAUCAGCAUGGGCCUGUCCUCUGAUGGCUCCUCAGGCAAACCCCUGCCCGCCCGGAAGCCACCACUGCAGCCCAAACCUGUGGUGAUAACCACUGUCCCGAUGCCACCGAGAGCCGUGCCUCCUAGCACCACUGUCCUUUUGCAGCCCCUUGUCCAGCCACCCCCAGUGUCCCCAGUUGUUCUCAUCCAAGGUGCUAUUCGAGUCCAGCCUGAGGGACUGACCCCCCCUGCUCCACGGCCUGAGAGGAAGAGCAUUGUUCCAGCUCCUAUGCCUGGGAACUCCUGCCCGCCUGAGGUGGAUGCAAAGCUGCUGAAGCGGCAGCAGCGAAUGAUCAAGAACCGGGAGUCGGCCUGCCAGUCCCGGAGGAAGAAGAAAGAGUAUCUGCAGGGGCUGGAAGCUCGGCUGCAGGCGGUGCUGGCCGACAACCAGCAGCUCCGGCGGGAGAAUGCUGCCCUCCGCCGGCGGCUGGAGGCCCUGCUGGCUGAGAACAGCGAGCUCAAGUUAGGGUCUGGAAACAGGAAGGUGGUCUGCAUCAUGGUCUUCCUUCUCUUCAUUGCCUUCAACUUCGGGCCUGUCAGCAUCAGUGAGCCUCCUCCAGCUCCCAUCUCUCCUCGGAUGAGCAGAGAGGAGCCUCGACCCCAGAGACACUUGCUGGAGUUCUCGGCGCAAGAGCCAGUUCACGGAGUCGAGCACCCCCAGCAUCCCUCCCAGGGUCCCAAGGAGACCCAGCCCAGCUCCGCGGGCCCCCCAAGUUUCAGGAACCUGACAGCCUUCCCUGGGGGCACCAAGGAGCUGCUGCUGAGAGACCUGGACCAGCUCUUCCUCUCCUCUGAUUGCCGGCACUUCAACCGAACCGAGUCCCUGAGGCUUGCUGAUGAGCUGAGUGGCUGGGUCCAGCGCCACCAGAGAGGCCGGCGGAAGAUCCCCCAGAGGCCCCAGGAGAGACAGAAGUCUCAGCUAUGGAAGAAGUCGCCUCCAGUUAAGGCAGUCCCCACCCAACCCCCUGGGCCCCCAGAAAGGGAUUCUGUGGGCCAGCUGCAGCUAUAUCGCCAACCAGACCGUUCGCAGCCGGAGUUCCUGGAUGCAAUUGACCGACGGGAAGACACAUUUUAUGUUGUCUCCUUCCGAAGGGACCACUUGCUGCUCCCAGCCAUCAGCCACAACAAGACCUCUCGGCCCAAGAUGUCCCUGGUGAUGCCCGCCAUGGCCCCCAAUGAGACCCUGUCAGGCCGGGGGCCCCCGGGGGACUAUGAGGAGAUGAUGCAGAUCGAGUGUGAGGUCAUGGACACCAGGGUGAUUCACAUCAAGACCUCCACAGUGCCCCCCUCGCUCCGAAAACAGCCGUCCUCAACCCCGGGCAAUGCCACAGGUGGCCCCUUGCCAGCUUCUGCAGCCAGCCAGGCCCACCAGGCCGCCCGUCAGCUCUACCUCAAUCAUCCCUGACCUCUACGACUCACACUGACUUAGAACUGGGGGGGCAGAGGGUGGGGACGACCAAGUGGGACUGUUUCGAAUUUUCCUGAUCCCUGGGCUUGGGGCAAUUGGUAAAGGAAAGACAGGGUAUGGGGGUUAAGCACUUAUUUGGAGGUGGGGGGAAGUUUUCCUCUCUUCUCACCCCUUUUUGGAAUAUAGGGCUCCUCUCAUUUCUGUGAACCCUGUGUCCCUGCUUCUUUCUUUGAGGGUGUUGAAUGAGCUUAAGUUUUGGGGUAGGUGGGCUCCUGUACACUCUUUAUUCUUUUGUUUCUGUUUGGGGGGUGGAGGUGGGAAUUUAGUCCCCAGGCGGGACUAGGGAAGUUUUUACAUUUUGAAGCUAGUUCCUGAGAGUCAAGGAGGAGAGGUGGAGGGAGGUCAGGUGUAUGUAUGUGCAUAUCUUCUUUUUUAUUAUUAAAUAAACAACUUGGAGGGAGUUGAA